UGGCAGGCAUCUCUUGUAGCUAUCGGGGUCUCUUCAGGGUGAGUCCGUACCUCCCUAGGAGUUGGCUGACCCUACUUUCCAGUUCCCCAGAAUUCUCCUGUCUCUUAGUAAUCAGCAGUGUCCUCAGGGCCAGGGAGGUGGAGCCAGCGAGGUUUCAUCUGAGCUGGGGGCUUCAUGUGACCAGGUUUCUAUCCAUUUUGGAGCAGGAGAGCCUGGCAAGCAUGCUAAGGGCUGCUUUGCCUCAGAUGAGGUCCUGAGGUGGAGAGGGAUGGAUGAACUUAAGCCAGGUUCAUUCUGUGUCUGUGUCUGUGGCUAUGCAGUGACAGCAAUCCUGUCCUGCAGAGCACAGUCGUUUGCUGUCCCCUGGAGUAUCAGGUAGAAGGUGGUUCUGUGGCAGAGAUCACAUUUGGGGUUGGGAAAUGUAGUAGCAGGUGACAUCUGAGAAAAUAUGAAACACCCGUGCUGUGGGCUGUCUGGUGGCAGUAGAGAGGCUGGGCUGUGGCCCGCUGGUGAAUGAGUGACAUGGGAAAGGUAUUGGGAAGGCGGUGCUGCUGUCUUCAUGCCAGUUCCAAAGCUGGGGAGGUUGGCACUGUGGAGGUGCGCACAUGAGUGGUAGAGGGUGCAAUAGAUGCAAGAAAGAGGGUAUGGAGGAGUUUUGGGACGGGGCUCCCUCGAUUAGGAGACCACCCCUGAGGGUCAUCUGGUCUGAAAUACUACCAGUGGGAGUUACAUCUUACUCUGCAGUCCACCAAGAAAGGGAGGGAGAACAUUGCCAGACUUUGUCACAAUAGUGAUCAUCAGGUGGGAGCCAGUUUCAGUGUGUGCAGGACAUGUGGCAUCUUGGGUGCAGGGUCGCACUGAGACAGUGACCAUGACUGGGAACUGUUGGGCAUAAGGUGCUCGGGGUGGGGAGCUGCAGGAGGCUUCCUGCUGAGCUGCUUUCCUCCUGGUGGGGGCUGCAGAGGGAUGGAGUCCCUUGGGAGCUGGGUGCUGAGUUAGGUUCUUGAGACCUUUGAGUCAGGGUCCUCUUCCCAGCUGCUCAGUCUGAGUGAGCCUGCCCCUCCCAUCCUGCUCUGUUCCCUGCUCAGCCAGGGACACACCUAACCCAGGCUGCUGAGCAACAGGCUGCCCCGCAGGUGACCAGUUGUGGCUCAGCAAGAGGCUGAGGGGAUCCAGCAGCAGAGCACUGGGACCAGACAUCUCAGCAAUGACCAGUUCCCCUGUCUCCAGAGUUGUCUACAACGGCAAGAGGAACAGCAGCCCUCGGUCUCCCACCAACAGCAGUGAGAUCUUCACGCCAGCCCACGAGGAGAAUGUGCGCUUCAUUUAUGAAGCUUGGCAGGGUGUGGAGCGAGACCUGCGCAGCCAGCUGUCGGGGGGUGAGAGAGGCCUGGUGGAAGAGUAUGUGGAGAAGGUCCCCAACCCUGGCCUAAAGACCUUCAAGCCCAUCGACCUGAGUGACCUGAAGCGCCGGAACACGCAGGACACCAAGAAGUCAUAGAGUGCCCCGUGCCCCUCCCCCGGCCUCCGGAAGACUGGGGUCACUGGAUGUUGGUGUCUCCUGUCCUGUGGGCCCUGCUCCCAGGAGGGGGGAGGGGCUGUGCUCCCAGUGGGCACAAACCUCAGGGCUGACAGGAUUGAUGGCUGAGGCCUGCCCCUCCUCUCUGCGUCCAUCCUUUGCUGUCCCUGGAGGGGUCUCUGGCCCUGCCAGACCCUGCCCUUCAUCCUGGCUACUGCACCUUGGGUGCCAUCUGACUUCCUGCCCCACACAGUUCUUGUCCCAGCCCUCUCUCUGGUCACCUGCCCUGCCCUCCAUCUUGCUGUUCCUCCCAGCUUCCUGUCAUGAUCAGGAGAAGAGGGGCCUGUCUCUCUCAGCUGGUGGGACUAACUGGUUUGUCCUUGAGAUGACCAGGAAGUAGGACAAGUGCUGCCCCACCUGCAUCCGGCUUGGGGGUUCUGGUCCCUUGCUGCCCCUCUGGCCUGAAGACUUGGGAAGCUUCUCCUUUCACCCUUACUAUCCAGCCUGCCCCUCCCUGCCUCAGCUUCAGGACAGCACCAGCUCUCUGGGCCUGGGACAGCGCUGGCAUCUCUAAAGGGGUUCUCAGCAGCCAGGCCUGGCCUCCUGGUGCCUGCAGCCUUGGGCAGGUGCACUGUGGCUGACUCUGAGGCAGUGGUACUGCCAGGCCCAUCCUGGCUCUCUGGAGUGUGCUGGGGGGUCACCAGAGCCCUUUUCUCUUCCUGUGCCCUCUGGACGCCAAGUGUUUGUGGCUCUGGAGCUUGAGGGUCCCUGAAUAAAGGUGGGUGGCACUGGGA